AUGCAGAAAGUAGUAACAGGAGACAAGCUGAAGAAGACAUUACUAUCACAAAAUUAUUCUUCUCUCUCCUCUUUUCUCUCACUAGCCUUCAUCUUAUUCGUCACCGUAUUUUACUUCACCGAUUUACGAUACAUCUCUUAUGUACAAAACAUUGACCAUAAUACCCCUACUAACCAUACAAUUAUAUCACUAAUACCCGAAAAGACGAGAUCGGAAAAGCUGCCUUUCGCGAUCGGAGAAGGCAACGGAGGGUGCGAUAUAUUCACCGGGGAGUGGACACGUGACUAUACUAGACCGAUUUACGAGGAGUGGGAAUGCCCGUUUCUUGAGCCUCAGCUGACGUGUAUCGAACAUGGCCGCCCGGAGAAAGACUACCGCUAUUGGCGGUGGCAGCCUCGCGGCUGUUCUCUUCCAAGAUUCAACGCCACAUUAAUGCUGGAAACCCUAAGAGGGAAGAAAAUGUUGUUCGUCGGCGAUUCGCUAAAUCGAGGCCAAUUUACGUCGUUGGUUUGUCUUCUUCAAGGUAACAUCCCUGAAAAAGAUAAAUCCAUGGAAGCUGUGCCUUCUGGUGUAGUUUUUACAGCCAAGGAUUAUAACGCGACGAUCGAGUUCUACUGGGCCCCGUUUCUGCUGGAAUCGAACGCGGACGAUCCAUACAAGCACAGGGUAACUGAUCGAAUUGUACGGAACGGAUCGAUAGACACGCAUGGAGAAAACUGGAGAGGAGCAGACAUAAUUGUGUUCAACUCCUACAUUUGGUGGAUAUCUGGAUUAAGGAUAUUACGGGGUUCGUUUGAAGAUGAAGUGAAAGACCUCGUAGAAAUACCGAUGGAAGAUUCAUACCGCAUAGCUGUCGGAAGUUUGAUAAAAUGGAUAAACAAGAAUGUAGAUCCUCAAAAAACAAGAGUCUUUUUCACUAGCAUGUCACCUACACAUCAAGGAAGCUAUAAGUGGGGAGGUGCUUCGAAAGGAAACUGUUACAACGAAACAAGUAUGAUAAAAGGUGGUGAAUUUUUUGGAGCAGAGAGAAGCUUGAUGCAGGUGAUAUCCGAAGAGCUGAUGAAUACGGGAAAAGCGGAAGUUCCGAUUACGUUUCUGAAUAUUACGCAGCUUUCGAGUGCGAGAAAAGAUGCACACACGUCGAUAUACAAGAAGCAGUGGGGCCCGUUGACCGAUAAGCAGCUUGCGGAUCCAAUGAGCUAUGCUGACUGCAUACACUGGUGUUUACCUGGCCUUCAGGAUAUUUGGAAUGAGCUUUUCUUUUCCAAGCUUUUCUAUCCAUGA